CCUCCCGCCCUCCGCCCUUCUCUCUCCUCCCGCUCUCCGUUAGGGAGGCUCUGCGCCUCAGCCGCUGCCUCCAUCGCCGUUCCCGCCCCCUUUUCUUCGCGUUUUUGCCGCUGCCACCACCGGGGAAUCCGGGGGUCGCUACCGGGCUGGCCCCGUGCCACAGCCUUAGCUUCAAUCUCCCGCCAGCAGCCGCCUCAGGAAGAAACUCGUCGGUCGCGAAGCCACUUGGAGCCUCAGUUCUCGCCUUGUUUCCUUCGCCGCAGGUCCUGGAGAAGCGGCCGAGGCCAGGGAACUGGGCUUCGUGGUUCCAACGAUUAACUGCUGAAGUACUGAUCAAGUUCUGCGUUUCUUCAAUGAGGAACUACAGGCUGAUCUUCUGCCAUAAUCUCAAACAGCCAUAAAUGACAAAUGAAUGCUUGCUCAGUGAGGGUAGCUGGUGCAGAAGCCGUUUUUUAAACUUAGGUGUUUAAGUACUCAGAGAAAAGACAGCUUUGAUUUCUGGCUGCAAAAAAGAUAUGAGGAAGAGCUCCUCCCCUUCCUUGAGUAACUGCAACUCCGUUCUUGCUAACAAAAUAUUUGGAAUUCCACUUGAUGAGCUGCAGCAGGGAGGACAUCCAGACAAUGAGGUUCCGUUCAUAGUCCGCCACGUUGUGGACUAUAUUGAGGAACAUGGAGGUCUGGAGCAACAAGGACUUUUUCAAGUCAAUGGAAAUGCUGAGACAGUGGAGUGGCUUCGGCAGAGAUACGACAGUGGAGAAGAAGUGGAUUUGGUUAAGGAAGCAGAUGUUCCCUCAGCUAUUAGUCUUCUUAGGUUUUUCCUUCAAGAACUUCCUGAACCUGUUAUUCCUGGCAGUUUGCAUAUUCACUUGAUGCAGCUUUCUCAAGAUUAUAAUAACGAAGAUGAAUUUGGAAGAAAGUUGAGGUUCCUCUUGCAACAGCUUCCACCUGUUAAUUACAGUUUGUUAAAGUUUCUGUGUAGGUUUUUAGCUAACAUAGCAUCACAUCAUGAAGAAAUUUGGUCUGCAAAUUCUUUGGCUGCUGUCUUUGGUCCGGAUGUCUUCCACAUUUAUACAGAUGUGGAAGAUAUGAAAGAACAAGAAAUUGUGAGCAGGAUAAUGGCAGGACUUUUGGAAAACUACUAUGAAUUUUUUGAGAAUGAAGAAGAUUUUUUAUCAAAUGAUUUGAGUUCAAUUACUGAACAGGUUAAUGAGCUAUCUGAGGAAGAAGAGGAGGAUGAGAAGCUAGAACACAUAGAAGAACUUCCAGAAGAGGGUGCAGAAAAAUCAAAUAACAUGCCAGAGAUGGUACAAUUAAGGAUGACAGAAAACAUCCUGGAAUCAAGUAGUGUUACAGCAUCAACAAGGUAAUUAUUUUGGUUGAAUGAACUUUAGCUUUUGAGCAUUUCAUUGUAGAUGUAGACUGUCUGAAGCACUGAACACAAGUUAUAACUAUAUGUGAAAGAUUGACAUUUAAAUAUAAAAAAGAACAAGAAGAAAUUUUAAAGUAGGAUCUUAGUAUUUUCAGUUACUGUGUUCUUGAAAAAAAUAGAACCUUUUUGUCAGGGCAUGGUGGCACAUUCCUAUAAUCCUAGCACUUGGAUGACUGAGGCAGGAAGAUCUCAAAUUCAAGGGUAGCCUGACCUUCAAAGUGAGAACCUGUUUCGCACACCACCCGGCGCCCCGCCCCCCUAAAGCCUUUUUUUUUUUGAGGCAGGGUUUCAGUUAGCCCAGGCUGGCCUGGAAUUCAUGAUCUUUUGCAUUAGCCUCUUGAGUGCUGGAAUUACAAAUGUGUGCCACCACACCCUGUCUUUAUAUAUAUUUUCCCUUAAAAGUUUUAUUCACUUGUUAAUUGGGCUAGGUAAAAUUUUGGAACCUUUGGAGAUAGAACUGCUACAGAAUGUAAUUCCAUGGCUGAAUUGACUUCAUUUCUAGCUUCUAGGCUGCAACUGGGUUGAACCAAGGGUGUAAAAGAGAUCUCUUAAUCCAUUAAGGUAGCACUUUCCAAUCCUUUCUUUUUCUUUUUCUUUUCCUUUUUGUCAAUGCUAGAGAAUGAACACAGGUUCUCAUGAAUGGUAGGCAAGCAGUCUACAACUGAGCUACAUCCUCAACCCUUUCUAUUCUUUUUCAUGUAUAAAGUGACAGUAUUUAUAUGACAUACUGAGUAAAUUUGAAAAAUGUGGUAGCCUGGAGACACUAUACCAGCAAAUAGUUGAAAUCAUUGAAUAUACUGUUUAGGAAGCUGUAGAGAAUUCAAGAAUUUGCCCAUAUAUAGCUCUGUGUUAAUUCCCUGUAAAGCUUCAUGGUUUACAAACCCUUUUUAUUUAGAAGGUCAAAGCUAUAUAGUCUACUAGAUUAUUUUCAUUCAUUAAGUUUCUGUUGGUUAAAAGUAGAGGAAAUGAUAAUUUUAGUCAGAAAGUAAAAGGUCAUUUAAAAAUUAGAUGGGCUGUGUGUGGUGGUCUAUAUCUGUUAUCCCAGCAUUCUGGAGACUGAGGCAAGAGAAUCGUGAAUUCAA